UGGCCAUGUGAAAUUUUGAGGGUCCAAUCCCGUACGCUACAUUUCUUCCACAAAGUUGCGGCAAAAUUUGAAGAGCCGCAGCUUCCGGAAGCUUCCAUGGCUCUCCUUUGAAAUGGGGCUGGAUCAGCGGCCGCUCUUUCCGAAACAGCUGCGCCACCCUACCGGAGACCCACCGGAGGGUUGGUGGUUUGCUGAUGGCUCAAAAUUGGCCAACAAUCCAAGGGCGAGAACCGCGGACGUGUGCCGCCAAGUGGACACGGAAAAGGCCAAGAUGUCCCAGGCCCAAAACGAUUCGCUCGAAGCAGCGCGGCAGUCGUUGGAAGACUGGCAGGCCGAGUUCGACUCCCUGCAGGCUCCCGAUCUCUCGCCACAGGAUGACUCCGUGGCGGCCGUGCUGAGGGAGGUGGAGGCAUCUUCGAAGGAGGGGGAACAUCCACAGCUGUUGGCCCAUGUUUUAAAGGGACACCGAUGCAUGCCCAUGCCUCGUAUCGUCUCGUUCCUUGACAGGCUACCCACUGCGGCAAGACGAUUCUUUGCUUCCGCAGCACAGGGUGGCCAACCAGCACUAGUCUUCAGGCACUGCAAAGACGCGGUCCACGUGGUGACUCGGAUGCCGAUGACAUGGUCCGCGGAGAUCAUUCUGCAAAUCUUUGUUUUGGCCAACCGCUUGGAGCGCAAGCCUCAAUCCAGCACCAGCUUGGAGGUUUUUGAGGAUUCAAGUUUGCCGACCCGAAAUUUGCUGGUGCUGAACUUUGAUUUCGCACCCCUUGAGGUUUUCUUGGCAGUUGGCCUUGUCCCCAGUAUCUUGAGGUUUUUUCAGCGCGAUGCCGUGGCCUUGACCAACGCCCCCCCAGUGCUGGAGGAUGAGGAGUCCCGCGAGACGGGGGCAUUGACGCAAGAUGUGGUGGAGAAGGUCUAUGCGCAGAUCCCGGAUUUUUUGACAGUCGACCUGCGCAUAGCUUCGCCUGUGUUGAUCGUCCCGGCGGGAGAGGGUGCAGCUCGCUUCGGCUUGGGGCAUUUGCACUUGACUUCGACGGAGCCAUGCACCUAUGGGACCUAUGAGCGCAUGGAUUUUGACUUAGAUUUGAAGGACACUUCCCUGCGGGCAGUUUCUGCUCGUGGUGCGCAAUUUCACGUGGUGAACCCUUUGCACCUGAACGCCCGCAUACAGCUGCAGCUUUUAGCAGAAGAGACUUUGCUGGACAUCAAGGGUCAUGUUAGCCAGGCAGAUUCUCCUGGGCUGCCGUUCUGCCCUGACAUCGUCACCCUGGCAUACCGAAAACUGGGGGGGCACAAGAGGCGACUCGUCUUGGGAAACCUGGAAACUGAGGCCUUAUUCUUCUUCCUGUCCUUUGCGGUGGCAGCCGAGCCGUCAUGUGAAGCCCGGCAGAUCCAGGAGGCUUCAGAAGCUUCAGCCCUCUUGCAGACGAACGGACCGAAGGAUGUCGCCGCGAACCUCUUGCAGACGAUGGCACCCAGGGAGGUCAGAAACGUGCUGACAGAAGCAGCACACUUCAGCCCGCUGGAGUCUGAAUCCGACCAGUCAGGACAUGGCCACCUCAAUCAGACGAAAACAAAAAAGCAAGGCCCGACAGGCUUAAGCGCAUCAGCAGCCGAUGCAGUGGCUGUGUCGUUGCUUCUUCUCCAACUAGCAGCUGUUAGUCCCGUGGGAUACUACGACUCCGUCUCAGCCCUGAUCGUGGUCCUCGUCUACUUGUGUAGCGUGACCUCAGUGAAGUUUUUCGUCAAAGACGCCAUCAAUCACGGCUUUGCUUAUCCGGCGUGCAUCACCGGUUCUCAUAUGGUAUUCGUUUGCAUCACGAUCUUGGCGUGGGGAGAACGUCCUCGAUGGCAGGAGGCCAAGGCAGUUUUGCCCAUUUCCCUGUUGAAUGGCGCAUCACUCUUGACCAACAAUGCAGCUUUAGUCUUUGGAGGCCUAGCCUUCGUGUCUAUGAUUGAUGCCAUGGGACCCUUUGUGACCUUUCUCUUGGAAGUGGCGAAGGGCAAACGACCCUGUCUCCACCUGAUGACCAUCUUCUCCGUGACCAUCGCUUCCGUGGGCUCCGUGCUAUGCGUUCGCGGGGAAGCCAACACUGUGAAAGGCAUCAGCGCCAUGGCCAUCAGCUUGGCGGGACUCAGCGCCGUCUUGCGCUCCAUGCGGGCCGUGUGGCAACACGACAUCCUGACCGACAAGUCCGUCACCGUGUCGCCCUUGCACUUGGUCUUUUGGAACGGUUUUUGGACAUUUUGGACGACCGUCAUCACCAUGAUGUUCACCAAUGAGGGCUUUCAGGGCAUUCAAAAUCUGGGCACCGUCGCCACUCCAGCCUUGCUAUUUCUCCUCCUCUCCAUCCCCGCGGCGGUGACCCUAAACAUCACCCAGUGGUACGCGGUGAAAAAGCACGGUGCACUGAUGCAGAACAUCAUUGGGAACUUGAACUUGGUCACAGUGAUUGCCAUUUCCAAGGCCAUUUUGUUGGAAGAUGUCACUGUUUCGCAGUACAUCGGGACGUUACUCCUUGUGGCCGGCACGAUCCUGAACAAAGCAGUGGAUGUUGAGCAGGCACAUGCCGGAGAGGGGAAACAGGCAUUGAAAUAG